AUGUCAUCCGCUGUGGUCCAGAGCUCCGACCUCGACAUGGAGCCGACGCUCCAGUCAAUCAUCAACCAGAAGACCCUCCGCUGGAUCUUCGUCGGUGGCAAAGGUGGUGUGGGCAAGACCACCACUUCCUGCUCGCUCGCCAUCCAGCUCGCCAAAGCCCGCAAAUCCGUGCUGCUGAUCUCUACCGACCCUGCACACAACCUGAGUGAUGCAUUUGGCCAGAAGUUCGGAAAGGAGGCUCGUCUGAUUGACGGUUACGAUAAUCUGAGUGCGAUGGAGAUCGAUCCCAAUGGCAGCAUCCAGGAUCUGUUGGCCAGCGGCGACGGUCAGGAUAAUGAUCCUAUGGCUGGACUGGGGAUGGGCAACAUGAUGCAGGACCUAGCUUUUAGUAUUCCUGGAGUUGACGAAGCAAUGUCAUUCGCCGAAGUAUUGAAGCAAGUGAAGUCACUCUCCUACGAAGUUAUUGUCUUUGACACCGCGCCGACCGGCCACACACUGCGAUUCCUGCAAUUCCCUACAGUUCUCGAAAAGGCGCUGGGCAAGCUGUCACAGCUAUCGCAGCAGUUCGGUCCGAUGCUGAACUCGAUUCUAGGUGCGCGCGGUGGUCUGCCUGGCGGACAGAGCAUGGAUGAGCUGCUACAGAAGAUGGAAUCAUUGCGCGCGACUAUCAGCGAGGUGAACACGCAGUUCAAGAACGCGGAUAUGACGACCUUUGUCUGCGUGUGCAUUGCUGAGUUCUUGUCCCUCUACGAAACGGAGCGCAUGAUCCAAGAGUUAACAAGCUACUCCAUUGACACCCACUCGAUUGUCGUGAACCAGUUGCUCUUCCCCAAGGAUGGAAACAACUGUGAGCAAUGUAAUGCUCGGAGGAAGAUGCAGCAGAAAUAUCUUGAGCAGAUUGAGGAGCUGUACGAGGACUUUAAUGUGGUGCGCAUGCCACUGUUGGUGGAGGAAGUGCGUGGCAAGGAGAAGUUGGAGAAGUAA